UGUUGCUGCACCUUGAGGUUGGGGCUGUCUCGCUGUAGGGGUUGGGAUUGCUGUUGUGCAGGCUCUUCGUGAGACACAGAGAAUAUCGUCUUCGCUGGUGACGACCUUAGUAGCUAUGCAGUGACUGUGAUUGGUGGCAUGGAAGAGAGAUGCCAAUUCUCCGUGGGGAAAUAAACCAGGUCCCAGUCACCAAAACCAGGGUGGAUUUCUCCGACUUCUUCCGUUUACAGCCCCCAUCUACCUCUGAGAGUGGGCAUGGUGGGGGAGGGCAUAAUGAGCUUGACGAAGAAGCAUCGACCUCUGGAGGAGCCUCUGCUCCCAGCCCUCAGAGCGAGGCGGUCACAAAUGAUCUGCAAGAACUCUCUCUUCAGCCUGGGGCCAAUGUUCAGAUCCCCUUCUCUAGGCCAUGUCCCAAUACCCCGCCUCUGAGUGAGAGAAAGAAUGUCCUGCAGCUCAAGCUCCAGCAGAGGAGGACGCGAGAGGAGCUGGUGAAUCAAGGAAUAAUGCCACCUCUGAAGAGUCCUGCAGCUUUUCAUGAACAGAGGCGGAGCUUGGAGAGGGCACGGACUGAAGACUACCUAAAGCGCAAGAUCCGAUCUCGACCUGAGCGUGCAGAGCUGGUUAGGAUGCACAUAUUAGAAGGUAUAAAUGUUGCUCAUGUCAUUUAAAUUUUGCCUUAUAUUGUUCUGUAGCCAGAUCCUGACAAAAAUCAGCAGCCCUUCUUAUUUUUUUUUAAACAUCUUUUUUAUUAGUUUUAUUACAUUACAACAAUAAAGAAACCAUAAAAUAACAAAAAAAAAAAAAAA